AUGAUUUCAGAAAGUAUUCCAUCAAGUGGUCAUGGUCAUAUAGUUACCAAAGCAGUAGGAGAAAAGAAUACUACUAUUGAUACUGAUAUAUCUAUGAAUUCAUCGACAAAAACUAUACCAGAUUGUAAUAAUACUAAUAACCAAGAUCAAAAAAGUCAACAAGAUCAAACUUUUGACUCAAAAAUCACCACCGCAACAGCUGUCGUCAAUACUUGUGAUGAUGCUGAUGUUAAAAAGAAAUUGAUUGAAAAUGAUUAUUACGAUGUUGUAAUCAAAGUAUCCGAUAAUGAUGAUUGUAUUGAUGGAGGUGACGAUGAAAAGGUUGGGAGAGAGAGUAAUGAUUUAAAAAGUGGUAAUGUUUAUGAAAUAGAUAAAUCACACAUCAGCUCAAAAAUAUUUGAAAUUGUUUUUAACUAUAUUUCCUAUGGCGUAAUAAAUUUUAAUUCGGUAUUGACAGGAACUGAAUUUUUAGAUUUAUGGUUGUGUUCAAGAGAAUUUAUGUUGGAAGGAAUAGAGAGACAAAUUAAAGAAGUGUUUGAGACGAAAUCUUUGAAAUUAGAAAAACAUUUUAUAAGCAUUUUAUUAAAAAUUAUGGAAAAUGAGGAGUUGAAAGGGGAAUUUCUUUACAACUGCGUAGAAAUUAUUAAUACAACUAAUUGGAUAUUUCAAGACAAUUUAUCACUAAGUUCAUUGGAUGAAAAUUUUAUUAAUAAAUUAUUAAUAGAUGAUGGAGAUUAUUUUAUUAAUGAUGGAAUUAUUUGGAAAAUAUUGAUUAAAUGGGCAAAUGUUAAGGAAAUCGAUAUAAAUAACAAGAUUGACAUUAAGACGUGGACAUCAAAAGAUUUAGACGACUUGAAGAUUAAAAUAGGAAAAUUCCUGGCACUGAUAAAAUUUUCUUUAAUUUCUAGGAAUGAUUAUUACGAUUAUGUGUUACCAUUCAAAGAAAUCCUACCAGCUGACACAACAAACAAUGCAGCUUUACAAUAUUAUCUUUAUUGUUCAAAUGAGAAUGGCCAACCUAAACCUGAUCAAGAUGGAUUGAUACAGGAAAAGAACUUUUCAACUAUACCAAUAACCAUAAUAAUUUGGAAGAGCAAUGCUCCAACCAACGCCACCAAUAGUGAUAAACCAAAACAUGGUGGUCGAAAAUCUUCACCUUUUAAAAAAUUUCUAACGUUACGUAAAAAACUUCAUUUACCAUCACCGGUAAUGGCGGCAACAACGACUGCAGACACAGGAAGUAAAGAUGGAUUUAAUAUUAAAAGUUAUAACGAAAAAUGUUCUGAUAGAGGACCAACAAUAAUAAUUACAAAAAUUAGCAAUAAAAGAAUUCUAAUUGGAGGUUAUUAUCCAAUUAAUAUAAAUUCUACUACUACCAACACUUGUCCAAUCUCGGUUUUUACUGGAUCGUUAGAAGCUUUUAUAUUCUCAUUUGGUGAUAAUGAUAAUCCUGAAUAUGAUGGAAUCAUUAGUAGAGUAUUAAAAGAUCAUUCUCAUCAAUCAAUUUGUAAAACAAUUAAUGGUCCUGGAUUUGGUUUAAACGAUUUGAUCAUUAAAUCUAGCACGCAAGAUGUGCAAGAACACAGAAUCAUAGAAAAAUAUCUGAUGAUUUUUGAAGACAUCAAAACUAGCAUAAGCCAGAAAUUCCAUAUAAAAUUAGAAGAUAUUAAUAACGCAAUUGAUCAAAAAUCAAACAUUAUAGAAGAUGGAAUCAAUUUUGUUAAAAAUUUCAUUAAAGAAAUUGAAAUGGAUGCGUCACAACCAUUAGAUGAUAAUACUGGUUCAAAUAUCUUAAGUCCAUCAUACAAUCCUAUAUCCAAUGGUAGUAUAUCACCAACAUCAACAUUGACACCAACACCAAUAACUACCACAAUUACAACUGUAACAAACAACUUCCUUAUUUUACAGAUGGAUGUGUCACCACAAUUAGAUGAUAAUAAUAAUAUAGAACCUGAUUCAAAUAUCUUAAAAAUUGAUAAUGAUCAAAUUAUUUUAGAUGUUGUUGAAGAACCAUUUACAUCUGAUGAAAAUAUGGAAGAUGAUUCAAAUGCAAUUGGUUUAACCCCUGGCUACUUGGAUCCUAAUAAUCAAUCAAGUCCAGCAAGCUAUUCUCCAGAUGAAGAAUAUAGG